CGCGCCCCGCCGGCCUCGUGACUGCGCAUGCGUGCCGGUCAUAGGCAACUUAUGAAAUGAGUGACUUUGAAGAUGAUGAUGUACCCCAGCUUUCUGCCCAUACCCUUGCAGCUCUCCAGGAAUUUUAUGCCGAGCAGAAGCAACACACACACACAUAUGGGGAUGAGAAAUACAACAUUGGAGUCAUAGAAGAGAAUUGGCAGCUGAGCCAGUUCUGGUACAGUCAGGAAACCGCUCUUCGACUUGCAAAGGAAGCCGUUGCAGAAGCUGGAGAAGGUGGCAGGAUUGCAUGUGUGAGCGCCCCCAGUGUUUACCAGAAACUGAGAGAGCUGCAUAGAGAUGACUUUUCUAUAUACAUCUUUGAAUAUGAUAGAAGAUUUUCCAUAUAUGAAGAGGAAUUUAUCUUCUAUGAUUACAAUAAUCCUUUGGAUUUACCUGAAAAAAUCACUGCACAUAGUUUUGACAUCGUCAUAGCAGACCCCCCCUAUCUUUCUGAGGAAUGCCUCAGAAAAACAUCAGAAACCAUUAAGUAUCUGACACGAAGCAAGAUUCUGCUGUGCACAGGUGCAGUCAUGGAAGAAGAGGCAGCAAAACUCCUUGGCGUGAAGAUGUGCAAGUUUAUUCCAAAACACACACGAACCUUAGCAAAUGAGUUUCGCUGUUAUGUGAACUAUGAAUCUGGACUAGAUCAUGAUGUUUAGAUACAGGUAGGAAUAUAAGCCAGUAGAAUGCCCUUUGUGAUGUUCGUUCCCCUCUUGUAUCUUCCUGGCAGAAUCACAUAAUCUCCCUUACCGCACGAGUGGGGCUCUCCCUAGUCCGGUUUCCAAAAUAAAGAAUAUAGUUGCUCAUGAUGAUUUUCAUAUUGCGAGCUUCUCCAUAGCAUCUGCCCUUUUGAAUCCAUGGAAUUAUAGGUGGAAGACAUCUUAUAGCCCAUGGGUAUGAAGCAAAAGCAUAAACAACUCAGUGAGUUGGCCAAGACUGAAUUAGACAAACAUGAGCUCUCCAUCAGGCUGCACCCUCUUAACACUGCCUCUGAUGCAGCCCAGCAGUUGUAGAUCUUGUGUGGGGGCCUGGCCCCCCAAGAACAAACAACUUGCCUUCGUGAGGUAAGUUGAUAAUCCCACGAAGUGCUGUCUGGGGGCCUCCUGGAUCUCAUUCCUCUCUCCAGCACUGGGGCCCCAGCGGGACAGUGCUGUGCCUGUCUCAGCCUACACUCCUUAGCCGAGAGAUGUUCUGUGCUCUUAGUACAGAGAAAAUAAAAGUGCUUUCUGCAAGCCAGAUGUCAUGGCACAAAGGAGGUUAGGAGUAUGCUAGACUCUAUUUUUGUUCAAAAAAUACUCUCAGACCUCCACACUACAGAACACUGCUCAGCAGUUAAAACAAAUCAUUGACUGGGCUACGGUGAUGGCACACGGGUAAUUUGGUGAUGAGAAGCCAAUGGGGAUUACAACCGAUAUGGGAAAAGGCACAAAAUGAU